UUUAUUAUUUUAAUAUGACUCAAUAAAAUGUUUAACCAACACACACACCCAUACUAAUAAUGCAGAUUAUGUUCAAGUGUUGAAAUUGUGAAUUAAUUUUUAUGUACAUCAUCUGCUUUCUUUUUUACGUGCUAACUGCAGUGCUCUUUAGACAGAAUAUAAAGUAGAACUCAUCAUUUUAUGGCACGAAAUUGUUAUUGCAUGCAGUUUGAUUUGUGGUACACACACACACACACACAAACACGCAGGACAUGGUACAUGUUGAAUAUAUAGGGUUUUAGAUUUGGUUGACUACAGGCAUGGUUCAUUAGUAAGAGGUUUGUUUUUUUGUAGUAAGUUAAUAAGUGCUGAUCGAGCUUAUUUCAUUUGAGCUGUGUGUAGCUGUGAACACACUGCUUUACUAUACCGAGUGAAUUCUUGAAAACUAUGAAACCAAAUUAUUCAUGAAACAUGGACCGAGUAUUUAAGAGAUGCCGGAUCAGCAGUCGCCUGGUUAGAGAAUGUUUUGCUGAGUUUCUUGGAGUGUACAUUUUAAUACUGUUUGGCUGUGGCUCGGUCGCUCAGGUCACAACUUCAGAAAACAGCAAAGGAGAAUACCUCUCAAUCAAUCUUGGAUUUGCUUUGGGCACUACAUUUGGAGUCUAUGUUUCCAAAGGAGUAUCAGGAGCUCACCUGAACCCUGCUGUGUCUCUCAGCCUAUGUUUCUUGGGCAGGUUCCCCUGGACACGGCUGCCCUUCUACAUCCUUUCACAGGUGUUUGGUGCCUUUCUAGCUGCAGCCACUGUUGCUUUGCAGUAUUUUGAUGCCAUAAUCCAUUACAGUAGUGGGGACCUUACAGUGAGUGGCCCCACUGCCACAGCAGGAAUAUUCUCCACUUACCCUGCAGAAUACCUGAGUGUAUGGGGAGGAGUAGUAGACCAGGUGAUUGGCACAGCGGCCCUGAUGGUGUGUAUUCUGGCUCUGGGUGACAGCCAUAACUUUCCUGCCCCUCCUGGUCUAGAACCUGUGCUGGUGGGAGCAGUGGUUAUGGUAAUUGGUGUCUCUAUGGGUUCAAACAGUGGUUAUGCUCUCAACCCGGCACGAGACAUUGGCCCUCGCAUCUUCACCUAUAUUGCCGGCUGGGGCGAUGAGGUGUUCAGAGCUGGAGCUGGGUGGUGGUGGAUCCCUCUGGUGGCCACUUGUGUAGGUGGCCUCGUCGGCUCUUUGAUUUAUGAGCUGCUGAUUGGUGUUCACCAUCCUGAACAAGAAGUCACCAAGACAAUCGACAACCUGCAUAACCUGGAGCUGGAAGUGUCACAGAAAGAGUCUGAAAAACCCAAUCAGAUCAAAGUUAUGCAGGAGCAAACCACAUGAUGUUCCUUUCAUCCCGAUAUAGUGGGAAACACUGCUUAUAAGUCUUUUAUACAAAUCCAUACUUACAUAUCUAUUAGAGACCCAAAUAACCACUACUGAAGUAACUGUCCCAUUGAUUUUCUUCAAAAAUGGGUAGCUAACUGUUAAACAACGAUUCUCUGACUAUAAAGCUAAAAAAAAAGUGAAAGAAAUUUAAUCAACAGAAAGUGUUGAGUAAAUUUCUAUAGCCGCACAGCUCUGACAGUACUUUUUGCUGCAAGGCAUAUCACAGCUUUAUAUUAGUGCACUGAUAUUGAUAUGUUAUUGUUUCAGUAGUAAAAGCUAAUUCACAAGCACUUGUAUAGCAGACAAAAUCUAAACAUAAUCUACGAAAGAAAAAAUUUUGUUGAUAUGGUGCAGCUUUCUGUAUGGAGAUUUUAUUUAUCAAGGAGGUUUGUAGUAGUCAGAGGUAAAGCUGUUUUCUGCAAAAGUCUUCAGAUUUUCAUCAUCUUUCCACAACAUUAGAUUUAACUAUAAAUGCAUGAAUAAUGUGUCGUAGCGAAAUUCGCCAUGGCGGCAGGCAGAGACCAGACAUACAGAAAACUCCUUGUUUGCACUGCAGAGACACCAUACUCCUUUGAGGACACGCUUCAAUACUUUCUUCACAUCCAUUGGAUGAAUGUCAGAUCUGGCCAACGUCCCCUGGGGACGGUUGCUUCAUCAGCGAUGCAACUGAUGUUUUCUGUCUAUUUCAGUGUAUAACAUACUGAAAUAUUAUCCUAGAAACAUGAGAAAUAAAAUUAACAAAAACCUUAGUGUAACACUUUCCCAGAAUCAGUAUGAAAUGAGGAAGUCAGAGGCAGGCUUGAAACAACUCAAAAGGCGCUUUAUUCUUCAUCUUUUACUUUUCAGCGGUUUUAUUUUUUAGACACAGAGGCUUUAUAGACACACCCGCUUCCAUACUUAGUCUGUUCAAAGUUUUUAUUUCCAAUCAAAAUGCGUGACAUCAUCUCAAGUUGCCGGACAAAGGACUAAAAUGCUGUUUGGUCACCCUAGUGUCCUAGGGAAUAUAGGUCACUGUUCAUUUCUCCACUAUCAGAAAGACACUGGGCAAAAAUUGCAUCUAUAGAAGAGUGGCAAGGUGAAAACCACUGCUAACCCAGAAGAACAUUAAGACUCAUUUCAAACCUUUUGGGAGAAUGUUCUGUGGAUUGAUGAGUUGCAAGUGGAACUCUUUGGAUGACAGGGGUCUUUUUACAUCUGGUAUAAACCUAACACAGAAUUCCACAAAAAGAACAUCAUACCUACGGUCAAGCAUGGAGGUGGAAGUGUGAUGGAGUGGGGAUGCUUUGCUGCUUCAGGGCCUGGGCAACUUGCAAUAAUUGAGGGAAACAUGAAUUCUGCUCGCAACCAGAAAAUCCUAAAGGAGAAUGUCCGGUCUUCAGUCUGUAAAUUGAAACUCAAGCACAACUGGAUUAUGCAGCAACACAAUGAUCCAAAGCAUAGGAAUAAGUCCUAGUCCUAGAAAUAAGUGAAAGACUGCUCUCCAGUUAUUGGAAGCAUUUGGUUACAGUUAUUGCUGCUAAAGGUGGCACAAACAGCUUUUAAGUUUAAGGGGGCAAUUAGUUUUUCACAUGGGUGAUAGGUGUUGGAUAAUUUUCUUUGCAUCAAUAAAAUAAUAAAAAAAAAUAAUAACCAUAUU